AUUGUGAUGACGGAAUCUGUCGGAAGAGCAAAUCAGAGCAUCUAGAUCUUACAGCCGAAAGAAGUUUCCUCUUUUUUCUCUCUCUCUAUUAUUUCCCGCUGAGGAAUUCACGGAAGAACAAAUUCAACCAAAUUCAGACAUGAAUUUUGCAAAACAAUUCAUCAAAAUUCACCAUGAAACCUCAUAAUUCAAGCUUCAACAUCAUCAUUACCAUCAUCUUCAUCUUCUUCUUCUCAUCACUAUCUGUUAACACUGCAAAACGUUUCAAUGAAUCCGAUCAUCAUCACACAAGAAGAAUUCUCCAUCAACCAUUAUUCCCAGCGAGUUCAGCACCACCACCAUCACCAACCACCGUUACACCACCACCACCACAACCUUCCUCCGACAACAUUCCAUUCUUCCAUGAAUAUCCAGACGCACCACCGUCGAAUCAGAAUCAAGCAGCACCGUUAACUUCUAACGCCACAACAGCGAAUCCAACGGCAACACAACCUGCAAAAGGAACAAAGAAAGUAGCAAUAGCAAUCUCCGUUGGAAUCGUAACGUUAGGAAUGUUGUCGGCGUUAGCUUUCUUUUUAUACAAACACAGAGCAAAAAACGCCGCGGAUACACAGAAGCUAGUGAGUACUACCACACAGAGGAACAAUUCUCUUCAAGAUUCAUCGAAUUCAUCUGCUCCGGUAGUAGCUUCGAAUUUUCUCUACAUUGGAACUGUGGAACCUUCGAGAAGGUCAACGACGGUCAACGAUCAGAAUCAAACGGAGAAGCCUAACCGUUCACCGUAUCAUAAACUGAAUUCCGUUAAGCGAUCCGAUCGGUAUCGUCCGAGUCCGGAGUUACAGCCAAUGCCGCCGUUGAGUAAACCUCCGAACGGAAACAUUCCGCCGGCGAUGUCGUCGGAAGAAGAUUCCGAUGAAGAAAGUAACGAAACAGCGUUCCAUUCGCCGCAGAAUUCUUCAGUAAGUCAGGAAGAUGGAUUUUACACGCCGUAUUCAGUUUCACGGCAGAGUUCUCUCAGUAACGGUAGUCCGGCGAAGAAAGAGAGUAAUUCGACGGUUACGCCGCUUCCUAAAUCGAAGAGAACUUCACCGAAAUCGAAAUCUGCUCUUUCUGCUUCUUCUCCGGAUAUUCGACACGUCAUCAUUCCUUCUAUCAAACAAACACCACUGCCGCAACGUCAGCAAUCGGAGAAACAGUUAACCUCCUCCGGUGGAAUAGGACAUUCAAGAAAACCGAAAUUCUCAGCACCACCACCACCGCCGAAUUUGGUUCAUCUUCAAUCAACAACUAAUACAGUUUCACACGUGUCUAAAACUUCACUUAACCAUCCUCCGCCACCACCUCCACCUCCGCCACCUCCGCCACCGCUGAUGACACGAAAAUCAGUAUCGCCGACACAGGCGGUGUCUGCAUCUAUAAGUAGAUUAAGUGAAGGACCUGGUUCUGUUGGUAGUGUAACAAAAGGUUCAGAACCAGUUUCAGAUCACGUUGAUGAGAGUUUGAAUUUGAGAUCUUCUUCCGAGAGGCUUGUUGAAGAAGCUAAUGAAACGGAAGGUGGAAAACCGAAGUUGAAAGCAUUGCAUUGGGACAAAGUUCGUGCAACUUCUGAUCGUGCUACUGUGUGGGACCAAAUAAAAUCAAGCUCGUUUCAAUUAAAUGAAGAUAUGAUGGAGUCUUUGUUUGGUUGCAACAAUGGAACAAAUUCUGCUCCAAAACCAAAAGAGCAAGGUGUUAGAAAAUCAGUUCUUCCUUCUGUUGAUCAUGAGAACAAGGUGUUAGAUCCUAAAAAGUCACAAAAUAUAGCUAUACUGUUAAGGGCACUGAAUGUGACAAGAGAUGAAGUUUCUGAAGCUCUUUUGGAUGGGAGUCCUGAAGGUUUGGGUGCUGAGCUAUUGGAAACCCUAGUAAAGAUGGCUCCUACUAAAGAGGAAGAGAUAAAAUUGAAAAACUAUGACGGAGAUCUCUCGAAACUUGGAUCUGCUGAAAGAUUUCUUAAAGCAGUGCUUGAUAUACCUUUUGCAUUCAAAAGAGUUGAAGCUAUGCUAUAUAGGGCCAACUUUGAUUCUGAAAUCAACUACCUCAAGAAGUCUUUCCAAACCCUUGAGGCAGCAAGUGAGGAAUUAAGGAAUAGCCGGUUAUUCUUCAAACUCCUUGAAGCUGUUCUCAGAACAGGAAACAGAAUGAAUGUUGGCACUAAUCGAGGUGACGCUAAAGCUUUCAAACUCGACACACUCCUGAAACUCGCAGAUAUAAAGGGAACAGAUGGAAAGACCACAUUACUGCACUUUGUGGUCCAAGAAAUCAUUAGGUCAGAAGGUGCAGAAACUGCAUCUACAAACGGAAGUAUACCCAACCAAAUGGACUCCAAAUUUAACGAGGAAGAGUUUAAGAAGAACGGAUUGCAUGUUGUGGCUGGUCUCAGUAAAGACCUUGGUAAUGUCAAAAAAGCAGCAGGAAUGGACUCAGAUGUCUUAAGCAGCUACGUCACAAAGCUUGAAACGGGGCUUGAAAAAGUGCGAUCAGUUUUGCAAUAUGAGAAGCCAGAUAUGAGAGGCAAUUUCUUCAACUCCACAACGCUCUUUUUGAAAUACGCAGAAGACGAAAUUGUGAGGAUUAAGUCUCAUGAAAGAGAGGCUUUAUUCCUUGUGAAAGAAGUUACUGAAUACUUUCAUGGGAAUGCAGCAAAGGAAGAAGCACACCCUUUAAGAAUUUUCAUGAUUGUGAGAGAUUUUCUAAACAUUUUGGAUUUGGUUUGCAAAGAAGUGGGAAGGAUGCAUGAUAGAAUUGUUGGUGGUGCUUCAAGAUCAUUCAGAAUAGCUUCAAAUGCCCCAUUACCUGUUCUUAACAGAUACAAUGGGAGACAAGAUAGAAGCUCGGAUGAGGAAAGCUCAUCCCCUUAGUAUUGUGAAUACAAAAAAGAAACAUAGCCUCUCAAAAUAACAGUGAAAGUAAAUGAAUGUUUUUGCAAAUUUGAACUCUCGUUGGGUUUAAUCUCAUUUCAUUAGUAGCAAAAGUGAAGGACAACCUUCAUUGAGAUCAAACAGCAAAAACGUUAAAUGCAUGUUCAUGAUGAGGAAGAGAAAGUGAACAUGCAGUUGAAACAAUUCCUGGUUCACUCAAAUGGGCUACAAAGAUUCAUGUCAAUGCCAUUGUCCUCAUUCAAAUGGGAGGUAUAGGAGAUGCAUCAUUUUGUUUCUUCCACUAAAAUACGUAUGCUAUAGUCAAACUAGGUUCUAUUAGAUCAGAGACAUAGUUCCACACAUUUUAAUGAUGUGAAUGUUUUGGUUUACGUAAGAGGCUCUAAAUGUAAUUUUUUUAAAGUCAAAUAUUGAUAAUAAAUAGCUGUUUUGCAGCCAUUUCUUUAUCUGUACCUA